AUGAUGAUAAUUCUGCCGAUUACUUUGUUGAGUCUACCUAUGGUUUUUGGAGAAAGCUGCACCUCGUGCAAACCGAGCGCCAUCCAUAUCUGUGAGAGUUCGGUGGCAUACAGUACUUCGACCGUAAAUGGAUGCACCCGCCUUCAAGCCAAGUGCAAAUCUUCUACGGCGCAAAUUCAGAUCGAGAAGCUACCCAUGAUCGACUCGAAAGGUGAUCCGACACAGGCGUUCGAAGUCGACUGUAGAUCCGGGAAAUGGUGGCCGGCAACCGACCCGAUCGCCUUCUUCCCGAUGGUCAUCACCAGCAUCGAUUGCGUCGAGAAAGACACGGAAUUGCCGUUGAUU